AUGAACCCAGAGUAUACGUUGAAGGAUGCGCUUACUCCCGCGGAGAGCGACGAAACAGCUCGUACCUCAUGCUGCCAAACGAAUACCGAGCAACGACGACAAACAUGCAAGCGAGUUGUCUGGUCUCUGUUAGUGGGUCAGACGUUGGCUCUCUUACUGGCUGCAUCGGACACAUGCACGGCACUCCUAUCACACUGGAAUUUCAGCCUACCCUUUGCACAAAACCUACCAUACUUUCUCUUGCUACUGCUGGUUUGCAAUUUCACUCGACUUUCAGUACAAUUCCAGCAUAACAAAAAUCGGUCAGUGCUGAUGGAACAUGCUCACCUAGCAAGCGACUCGAGCAAGCCAAAAGAAAAACGCCUAAACAAUCUAGUUCUUACCUGUGGACGCAUUACGUCGGAGCUGGUGUUUGUGUUGCGGGUGCGGUUAUGA